CCUCGCCCCUCCCUAUCUCGCUCCUCCUGCCACCCCGUCCCCCAAACUUGCGCUCGCCUUUCGCCGAUAGCACUUUCUCGUCCUUUCGCUCCCCCCCCCCACUCAGUUUCCCGGAAGGCACUCAGCAGCAUGAGCUCCACGGUCUCCUCGCUGCCCCCCCUCGAAUUCGAGGGAUGCAACUACUUCCGCCAGCGCAUCAUCCUCUCCCUCCUGAGCGGCCGGGCCAUCCGCAUCAUCAACAUCCGCACCGACGAGGCGGACCCCGGCCUGGUGGACUAUGAGGUGGCCUUCCUGAAGCUCAUUGAUCGGGUGACCAAUGGCACCAAUGCCACCAUCGGCUACACCGGGUCUUCGGUCACCUUCCGCCCGGGUGCCCUGAUUGGCGGCAAGCUGGAGUUCGAUUGCGGUGUCAGCCGUGGGAUCGGAUACUUCCUCGAGCCGAUCAUCACUCUGGCUCCGUUCUGCAAGAAGCCCACCGUCAUCACGCUGACUGGCAUCACCAACAGCGACAAUGACCUCUGCGUGGACACCAUCCGCACGGUCAUGCUGCCGACACUAAUUCGCUUUGGCAUCGAGGAUGGCCUCGAGAUGAAGAUCAACCGCCGUGGCGCCCCUCCCCUCGGUGGUGGCGAGGUCUUCUUCCGUUGCCUGCCGGUGAAGGCACUCAAGGCGGUGGACUUCUCGGACGCCGGGCGCAUCAAGCGCAUCCGCGGGAUUGCCUACUCGGCGCGCAUGUCGCCGGCCCAUGCCUCGCGCUCGAUCGAGGCUGCCCGGUCGCUGCUGAAUAAGUUCAUCCCGGAUGUCUACAUUUAUGCGGAUCAUUACAGCGGCCGCAAGGCCAAGAAGACCGCCGCCACCACGGCCCUCGGUGAGAUUGCCGCCGCCGAGGCCGGUCUCUCCCCGGGGUAUGGCAUCUCCCUGGUGGCUGAGUCCACCACCGGGGCUCUGCUGUCGGCCGAGAGCUGCGGCGCGGCCGGCGAGCCGCCCGAGGAGCUCGGUCUCCGCGUUGCCCGGCUUCUCUACUCGGCCAUCGACAAGGGUGGCAUCUGCGAUGCGCUCUUCCAGAAUCUGCAUCUCCUGCUGGUGACUCUCAGCCCGGAGGAUGUGUCGCGUCUGCGCUUCGGCAAGCUGACCCCUUACACUAUCCAGUACCUCCAGGACCUGAAGGAGUUCUUCGGGAUUGUCUUCAAGUUGAAGGCUGACAAUGAGUCCCGCACAGUCCUCCUUUCGGCCAUGGGUAUCGGCUUUACCAACGUCCACCGCAAGAUCGACUAAUGUCCCGUCCGAAAGGGAGACCUCCCUCCCCCUGGCACUGUCCCCCUCUUCGUCUUGCCCCCUUUCCUUGUGUCUCCUCUCCCUCCCUCUUUUCCUCGGCCCCCCCCCCUCCCCCC